CAAAUUCUGCAGUGUCUUAGUCUCAAACCCCACCGUCGCCAGCUAAAACCCUACUAAGAAUCGACUGCCCGUACAGAUUCCGGGGAACAAUGGAUUCGGAAAAACUGUCAGCUCAAAUAAAGGACAAAGACUUGUUCAAAGCAGCUGAAUCUGGCGAUUCAUCGCUCUUCGAAUCACUUACCGAAGAACAGCUCCUUAAAGCCCUAUCUCUCCGUAAUGAAGAUGUCCGUUCUCUCCUUCACGUUGCCGUCUCUUCUGCCCACGCCCAGGUGGUGAAGAUUCUUGCGGCUGCUGAUCCCUCAGCGAGUGGUAUAAAUAGUGGUGAUGAAGAAGGUUGGGUGCCAUUGCACUCUGCAACAAGCAGUGGUAAUGUGGAAAUUGUGGAGAUUCUGCUCAGCAGAGGUGCUGAUGUAAAUCUGAAAAAUGAUGGUGGCCGCACUGCCCUUCACUAUGCCGCUAGCAAGGGUCGAGUGAAAAUUGCUGAACUUUUGAUUUCACACGGUGCUAAGAUCAAUGCGAAAGACAAGGUAGGAUGCACCCCAUUGCAUCGUGCAGCUAGCACGGGGAACUCUGAGCUGUGCGAACUAUUAAUUGAGGAAGGCGCUGAAAUUGAUGAAGUUGACAAGGCAGGCGAAACGCCCUUGAUGACUGCUGUUGUAUGCGGCAAUAAAGAGGUAGCUAUGCUCCUCAUACGACAUGGAGCAAAUGUCGACGCCGAGGACAAAGAAGGCUACACUGUGCUUGGUCGAGCUUCUAAUGAUCUUCGCCCUGCACUGGUUGAUGCUGCAAAGACAAUGCUCGAAGGUUGAACUCCACGACUUCAUCGCCUAUCAGAAAACUCAAGCCGACUCUGUAAAGCAUUAUGUUGCAUGGGAGGAAAUCUUAAUGUUGUUCUGACUAAUUUAUAGUAUUGCUUUCUACUAACUUAAACAUACAUUUGUUCACCCCUUGGGGAAAAGAUUUGUUGAUAUGUACAAUUGACCUUUCAGAAAGUUUGAACAAGUGAUACUAGGUGCAAUGUUCCCUUCAA